AUGCUGCAGGAUACCAUUGCGAUCAUUUUAAUAUCUUACUUUACCGCAUUUCUGGGCGAAGGCCUGACAUGGUUAUUUGUUUACCGAACUGAGAGGUAUCAAAAGUUGAAAUCUGAGGUGGAUAAGCAGAGCAAACGCUUGGAAGAGCAGCGCGAUGUCACAGGCAUCACCAUUGAUCGCACAGCAAAGAAACGGCUUGAAAAGCAGGAAGAACGUUUGAAGAACAUAAGCAGAGAGUUUUCGAUGGUCAAAAUGAAAUCCAUGUUCGCGCUUUUGUUUGCAAAUGCAAAACUCUCCCGGUUAUCACCGUCCACAAAUUCAGCGUACAUAUCUGAUACCAUUAGCUCGAGAGCAGACCGAACUUCGGUAGUUGACUUCAUCGAUUUCGUUUCCCAGGCCUCCCCCACUUCCUGCACCAAAGCAAACCUGAAGGCAUGGCGGAAAGAUGCAUUCAAAGCCUUGCGGUUGGUGAACGCGGAACGUAUGUUCCAAUCUCCUGAACAUAUUGUUCGCUCCGACCGACCAUCAUUCACAGAGAAGUCUACAAAAGCAGACACCCUUGUAUCGGAAGAAAUCAGCGUUAAAACACCGCGCAAACGACUGAGAAAUUCAUCAAAUGCUGCAGGUACAGCACAUGCUCCUUUACUAUCUUUCAAAGCUUCGAGCAUCUGCUCAUUGCGAACACCAACGCUUUGUUUAUCCGACAUCAGCGAUACCACUCCCAUUUCUCUUCUCAUCUGUGCUUCCCGUUUGGCCCUCUGUGCUUAUCAAUGGCCCUCCAUUUUGUGGAAAAACCACUCUGUUAGAGGCCGUUUCUGGGGGGUCAAAAUGAUAUCCAUGUCAGUCGGUACCAUUCCAGCUAACCUAAAGGCCUGGACUGAUGUGUUUGAGCAAGCAAAGAAUUCAGCUCCUUGCGUUUUGCACCUGGAUGACAUUGAGAGCAUGGAGAGACACUCUGUACCUGCCGGCACCUUCCGGAUCACUUGUCUUUUAAAGAGCCAGUUACUCAGAGAUUUGAUAGGCUCCGGGGUCGCUGUGGUCGGUGAAACUAGAUCCUUGCUAGCCAGCCUACCUCAGGCGAUAGUUGAUCUGUUCAGCCAACGACUUACGUUUGGGAUGCUUAGGGAAGAACAUCGGCUUAACCAUAAGCCUAUCCUAAUUACUCGCGAUCUGGUGGACGAGUGUCUCGCAAUCGUAGUUCCUGCGGUGAAGAACACGGCCGAAUUUGUCACCAUUCCGAACAUUACUUGGGCUGACGUCGGGGGUCUGGACUCGAUCCGCACAAAGCUUCACAAUCGGUUCAUGCUGCUCGUAGACGAUUGGGAACGUGCUCAAGCUUUGCAUCGUCACUCUGGCGGAGUGCUUCUCGAGGGCCCACCUGGCUGUGGAAAAACGCUCGUGGCCAAAGCACUUUCCAACCAAGCCGGCUUGAACUUUUUAUCUGUUAAGGGCCCAGAGGUGCUUAACAAGUUCCAAGGCGAGAGUGAACGGCGCAUACGGGAGAUAUUCGAGAGGGCACGAGCCUGUCAGCCCUGUUUGAUUUUCUUCGACGAAAUCGAUGCGAUUUGCCCAAGACGCGAUGGAGACGAAGCCACAGGUAGCCGUGUCAGUCUGGUUAAUCAACUUCUUGUGGAGCUAGAUGGCAUUGAUAAGCAUCGCUCUGGUCGCGUAUUUGUUGUGGGUGCCACCAAUCGCAAGGAUAUGAUCGAUCCGGCUAUUCUGCGUCCCGGACGUCUUGGAUUACAUUUGUUUAUUAAUCCACCUCAGACCGCUGCCGAGCGAGCUUCUGUUCUUUGUGCAUGUACGCAAUCUGCAACGGCUCCAAUAGUCCAGGGUGGAGUGGAGUCCCUAAACGAAUUAGCCAACGAUUCCCGUACGAUUGGUAUGAGUGGAGCCGAUUUGGACAACUUGCUGGAGGUGGCCAAGCAACUCGCUCAACUUGACAAACAGGAUUUCAUCUCCCGUUCUCAUUUAUACACUGCGCUAAAGGAACUAUGUACAGAGAAAUGCGCUCAAUAA